UCCACACACAAGCCUUGUCUCUUGCUGUGCAGGUGCCACAGCGGAAGCUCUUCAGUGAGGUAUCGUGGGAAGGAAUUUUGGGACAGAUCAUGGAAGCUGGAAAUCAAAAGGGAAAAAAGGUUAAAGAGGUGCCUAUGUAUUACGAGGUGAUAGAGGCAGCCAAAGCCAUUCUGGAUAGUGGAGAGCAGCUUCCUGUAACACUGAUUGGAAAACUAUUGAAAUUUCAGCUGCUUUGCAUCAAACAGAAGGACCUGCAGAGAAGAGCAGCUGAAAAGAAGGCAGCAGAAGAGCGAGAGAAGGAGAAAGAAAAAGACAAAGGGAAAGCUAAACCUCCUGGCAAGAAGGAAAAGCCACCCAGUACCAAAUCUGCAGGAAAAGGAGGGAAGGGAAAGAAAGCUGAAGCAGUACCAACAGCAACUACUAUUAAAAAGGACACCACACUAAAGCGACGUGGAGAAGAGGAGGAGGAUGACAAAUAUUUGGAUGAUGAACCAGAUGAUGGUGCCCAAUAUUACUUCAUAAUUUGGGGUUUCCACAACCCUCAGUUACUACCUGUUCUGUCUGAGCUUGGGGUCAGUAUCUCUAAUGUAAUUAAGAUUUCUUCUGAAAAUUACGAGCCAUUGCAGACAUAUUUGGGAGCAGCUAAACUGCAAGAAUCAUCAUUACUUACACCUGAAGUUGUAGAAGCUGAAAAAAGGAAGAAAGCUAAAGCUAUCAAAGAUUUGGAAAUGUUCUGGAAAUACUUGGAGCCAAUUCUGAACAGUGGGAAACAUGGAUCAACUCUCUUUGAUGUUGCCAGACUUCAUCACAUAGUAAAGGAAAAUACCUUUCCCCCAGACUGGACUAAUAGUGACAUGAUGCUUUCAUUUGGAACUGUGCUAUUUGAAAGCAUUGCUUGUUUGAUGUAUGACUGUCUGGACUGGAAAAGACAACAUCAGCACUACUUGGAAAACACCAACUUUAUUAAUGUCCCUGUAAUAACAAAGAACAAACAGGCACAUCCAGCUUCUCCCACUAUCCCUUCAAAGAAGAAAGUACAAACAGAAGAAAUUCUAGUACCAGCAAUUCUACCACAGGAGGAAGAAGUUUCUUUUCUGCCUCCUUAUGUGGACAUGAGGUAUUACAAUGAUCUGCUAAGUCAGAUUCCUGAAGAAUUCAUUUCUGCUCCUUUAAUAAUGAACUGCAUGUUGGAACAGGUCGUUGCAACUGAAGAAGGUCUUACACCACCAAGUCUGGUGGUCCCAGAACCACGAGCAGAUGGGCUGGAUCAUAGCCUUGCAGAGCAUAUAGUCUCAAUCCUUCCCUCUCUUUCCCUCUCUGAGAGUGAAAAAAAGAAUCUCUACAACUCCUUUUUCCCUAAUGACAAUGAAGAAAAGACUGUGGUCCCCAAAUGGCCUCUUCUAUUAAACUAUCAUGAUAUUUUGUCUCAGAGGCUACACCUGCUAAAGGUCCAAGGGGGCUUAAACCCAGAAAAGAUUGAACAGAAUAUGAUGGACAAGCUGCCACUGGUGGAACUUCUUCAAUUCCCCCUUCCUCCACCUGGAAACAACACUAAACGCUUGGCCAGAGUUCAUGAGCUCAUGCAUUAUUGUACCAGUGAACUCUUGAGUUGGGCUGAAGUAGAAAGAGCCUUCAAAGUGUUUACUUUUGAAAGCCUGCGGCUGGCUGGGGUGGAUGAUUCUGGCCUCCUGGAGGGCUCAGGGUUGAUGCUUGGAGGUGAUUAUGAAGUAUCUUAUAUUCCAUGGGAUAAUCCGGCCAGGUUUGCAAGACAUCUGAGACAUCUAUCGAUGGUGGAAAACCUGUUUGAUGAGAAAACUCCCAAUGGCUCAGUGCAUAUAGAAAAGAAUGAGAAAUGUGGAGGAGACGGUCUGACUGAUCCUCUUGUAAACAAAAGGUAUGGCCCGGAGACAGAUUUAGUGGAAAUACAAAAGACUCAGCAGCGGCAUUUGACAGACUGGAGUUUUGCUGAACAUUAUGAGCCACGUCUUCUUCUUCAGGUUUUACACAAUGCAACCCAACAAUACAGGUGUAUUGAUUCCUAUUACCACACCCAAGAUAACUCUCUGCUUAUAGUCCUUCACAAUCCAAUGAACCAACACCGUCAGUGCAAGGAAUCCUGGGAUAUUGCAAUGCACUCUGAUGUUGGAUUCAGAAACUAUCUGGAGCUGGUGGCCAACUCAAUUGAAGACUGGGUGACAAAAGAAGAAACCAAAUAUCAGGAAGAAAAAAUGGCUAAGGAACUGGAGAGCCUUAAACUAGCUAAAGGCAUGACAGAGAGACCUCCUGAAGAUAAACCUUGUGCCUCCACUAGCAAAAAAGCUGCAUCUCCUAACAAAACAAAAAGCAGUACAUCAAGACCGGACAGUAAAGCAGAGGUUACACCGGAACUUCCAGAAAAAAAUCCUUUUGUCAGAGAAGGCUCCCUCAAGGCUUGGAAGGAAGAGCAUGAUCGACUACUAGAGGAAGAACGACUAAGGGAAGAAAAGAAAGCCGAGAAGAAAGAUAAGUCAGGUGGUAAAAAGAAAGGACAGAGCAAGGAGAUACCAGUGCCUGAUGACAGCAAGGGGUCCAAGACAAAAUCUUCCAAGGAGAAGUCUAAAGAUGAGACAGCAAAAACCCCUGAACUUGAGGAGCAUAGUACCCCAGCACUACCCUCUGAGAAAGUUUAUGAGUUUCUUGGCUACAAUGUGGGGGAGGAUCUCAUUCAAGUCUCAGGGACCAGUCAAUAUCUUUUCCCCACUGAUGGAGGACAGAUCCAAGCAGAAAAGAUAAAAUUUGAAAAGGGGAUAACUCUGGUAAAAAUGAAGGUGGUAAAGGAUCGCCACAGUUUCUUCAUUCAUAUCACAGACCCCAAGAAAAGCUUGAAAGAAAGUGAAGGACAAGAAAUGAGCAACUGUUUGGAAGGGCAGCAGAGUGAGCCAGGAAAAUUAAUAAAUCAAAAGAAAGCUGUGAGCAAGUUUGGAUCUUUUUCAGCCACUUUGGAAAAUGGAAUCCAGCUAUCCUUGAGCUACUAUGGAGCUACAGGAAAAGCAGCAGAUGAUACAGACCCUAAUUUAGCAACAAUUCUGAAUAUCCCCUCCGUACAUAUUCCAACUGUUGCUCCUGCUCCUAUUGCUGCUUCCACUUCUUCAGGAAAAAGCAACAAGUCACUGAAACAAAAAUCAGCAAAAUCUCUGCAGUCUGCCAAAGGGAGCCAUAUCAAGUUAAUCACUCCACCACCGGAAGAGUCUCCAAAGCAAGAAGAGAAAAAGGUAGAAAUAGAACCACCAACACCUGAAACACAAGUGGUGCCAGAUGUCCCUGUUUUCCAGACUUUGAAUGCCUCCUGCCCCAAUGGGCUGGUAUUGACUUUCGUUGGUCAAAAUUCUAUAGAUUUGAAAGCUGGGUCUAAGGAAGCUGAAGCUAAGGCAGAUGAAGCCAACAAAAGUGAAACCAAGGCAGAUGAGGCCAAGGAAGAUGAGGCCAAGGCAGAAAAAGCCAAGCAACCUACUCUGGAAAUCCUAGUUAGGCAGAGUUAUCCCUUAAGGGUGAAACACUCCCAUCUGUACAAAGCAGUGAAGAAACCAGUAGAACAGGAAGUGUCUAGAGUCAUUACCAGCCAAGGAACUGUCGUAAAGUACAUGAUUGAUGGAUCCACCCAGGUUCUUUUUCCUGAUGGCACGGUGAUCAAGAGUCCCGAUUCUGUUCUAACACCAUCACCUGCAGUUAGUACACGAUCAUCCAUUGUUGAGAAUAGCCUACAGACCCAACCAUUGCCAAAACCAGAGCCUUCUACUGAGAUCAGCACUAAAAAAGGAAAGGGUGGCCACAAAGGUAACACAGCACCAGCAGCCAAGUAUGAGUUGUCUGAAUCUGUUGUUCAGGAACUCCUGCCUACUCUUCUACAACCCGUAGACAACCAGUUAGGCACCUGGAUAACAACCACCCCAUCAGGCAUCCAAGUGGGCACCAAGGGAGCAAACAGAAUGGACCUGAAGCCACUGUUAACUUAUCAGGCAACUGACCCAGUUAAUGGAAUGGUUAUGAUAAUGCGAGAAGACAAGGUGCUAAUGGUUCAGAAAAUGGAUGAUACCAAGAUAGUGGAUCAUGCUGAUGGUACUAGAAUCACCACGUUUUAUCAAGAUUAUGAGGAACCUUUUGUAUCUGAGGAUAAUGAAGAAAUAGGUGAAUCCCCACAAACCAUCAGAAGGAAAGUAAAAUGCAUACGCGUGGAGAAUCCUGACUUUGCUACGGUUAUAACAAACUGUGAAGACAGCACCUGUUGUAUCAUCUUUGGAGAUGGGACAUCUAUUAUAGCAAAGCCACAGGGAACGUAUCAGGUGUUACCCUCCAGUACCGGCUGCCUUUUCAUUGAUGACGAUUGUUCAGCAGUUUAUUCCCAUGAGAUUUUCAAUAAAACUCAGCUUCUCUGUGAGCGUGAGGAGAAACGAGCAGGGAGAUACGUUAUGAAACACACCUCCAAUGUUAUCUGUGAGGUGCUGGAUCCUGAAGGAAACCUUUUCAAGGUCAUGGCUGAUGGCAGCACAUCUGUGUUCAUUCCCAGCAUUGAUUCUGAUGGUGAGGAAGAUGGAUACUUAGUACCAAUACCAAAAGAAGUUCAUACUCCUGUCACAUAUGGUGAACAUGCCCCCAGGUUCUUCAUUGUCUACGCUGAUGGUUCAGGGACUGAACUCCUUCGGAACAGUGACAUAGAAGAAUACCUUGCUUUGGCAUAUGGUGAUCCAGCUACUGCAGUCUUGCAGGAGCCAGUACAAGAAUGUCCAGGUGUUCUAAGUAUUACUGUUCUCCGUCCAUUGACUGAAACUUCUCCCUGGGUAAUGAAGAGAGAAUCAUCCAAUAUUGUUCCUCCUAGCCUCCAGUCCAGGAACUGGGAUACAUUUCCUCCAUUUGAGAGGAAGAUUCCAGGUCCACCAUUUGGCACACAUAUUUGGAAAGGUCUGUGCAUAGGAUCCAAAGAGCUGACUGGCUCUCCAGCACCUGUACUAAAAUGCCCUAAUGUGCUACAAAUCCGUCAGCUGAUCCAGUAUGAGCCAAUCAGUGAUGAGCUGAGACUGAAGCUGCAGCUGUCCCUCAAGGAAUACAUAGAUUACAUCCUGAAGCAGGAAGAUGAGAUGCAAGAGAUGACCAUUAAAGAACCAAGAACAGAGGAAGAGAAGGGUAAUGCUGCUGACCUCCUCAAACUGGUUAUGUCUUUCCCUAACUUGGAGAAAUCAUCUGAAGAUCUCAACACUAGAGCUCAGAUAGUUGAGUUAUAUGAGCAGGCUGUGGAUUCUCAGCUCCAAAGUCCACCAAGGAAGACAGUAUCAAAGCAAACUGAAGACUACUGGCAGAGUUUCAGGCAGGAACUUGAUGAAGGAAGGAAGUGCCUAAUAGGAAUAAGAAACAGAAUAAUUCCACCCUAUUUUGAAUCUGAACUCGGCAAGGAAUUUCUCCUGAAAAAGUUCCCUGAUGUGGAUUCACUUUCUAAAGAACUUCCUCCGUUUCCAAAGAAAGAGAGAGAGAAGCCGUCUUUGGAGACAGUCAAAGAGUUUUUUAGGAGUACGUCUGAGCUCAGUGCAGAACCUACAGGUCUGUUUGUCCCAACCAGUGAUUCCCCACACUCACUGAAUCCUCGGACACACUGUCCUUCAGCACAGACUGAAGUUUCCAACAGAGCAGAAGUGGGAACAGCUGUGUGCACAUCUGGGAUACCCUUCCAGUCUCACGCCCAGAGCUUGCUGGUGGAUGCUGCGGAGCAGCCAAGAAAAGAGAAGGUGAAAUUACCAUUAUCAAUCCAGGGGUGCAAGCCAGAAUCUGUACCCAAUGAAAAGGUAGAAGAUCUGGUUGGGGGAAAAGUCAACACAUCUUCUGUUGCAACAGCAACUCAGCAUCUUUGUGGAUUCCAUCUCAUCCCACCUAAAGUGAUAUUUGGGGUGCUGAAGGAGGGUUAUACUUAUGCCGUCACAGUCACUCUGAAAAAUGUUGGAGUGGAUUUCAUAAGGUUUCGGGUGAAGCAGCCACCUCCCAGCACAGGACUGAGAGUGAUUUACACACCAGGGCCUGUAGCAGCCGGGUUGCAGGCUGAACUGGAGAUCGAGAUUUAUGCCAUGGCAAUUGGAGUAGAAGGUACCGAGGGUUCUGGAGAAAUUUCCCACCGUAUUGAAAUUUUAACAGAGAGGGAGACUCUGUUCCUGCCUGUGGAGGCAACAGUGUUAACAGGUGAUAUUUAUGAGCACAGGCCGCAGGGCUACCCUGACGGGGGCCAGGCAGCCACGGUCCGGCUGGUUUCUACAAGUCCCAUCCCCAGGUUCAGGAUUAUACUACCCCACAAACUUCCUGGAUAACAUCAGUCCAGGAGGGGCGACAGCAAAAGCAGCAGAAGUGAAAGACUGAGAUUUUAGUCCAGCAUUAUUGUAUAAAUAUUAUCCCAGUAAAUGUACUGACCAAAUCAAUUCACACCAACUUGAUUAUUAAAUGAUUGUUUC